UCACGCCGCCGACCGUUGGCCGCCGCCCCGCCCGCUCGCGCCCCCUCGCGCCGGCAGUUGCUCCCCCACACUCCCUCCUCGCCUUCACCUCACCUCAGGGACCGGGCGCGGUGACAGCGGGGCGCCGGGAGCUCUGUCACCGCCUUCCCCCCCCCCCCCUUCUCUCCCGGCUCCCUCCGUCCCUCCUCCAGAUCGCGAGGGGUGAGAUAGCCCCGUGAGGGGCUUCAAGCCAGCAGUGAUGGGGGAAGCUAAGCUCGCCCUGCCCAGAUUUCCCAGUGUCCUGAUCAUUCUCUGUGUGUUUGGAGAGUAAACUAUUUCUCAAGACUGCAAUAGGCCUUGCGGUAUCAAAGAUGUGUAUGUGCUUCCUUUCAAGUACAUGCCUAAGACUCAAGUCAUUAAGUGCUGCAGGUUAAGCAUGUUUUGGAGUGGAGCCCUUGGUGUCUUCACCAGGUAUAGAUAACUUCAAUCAAUGAUCCUGUUCCUUCCAGUCUCACUGCCAAGAAAUUGUGGUCUCCGGCAUUUGGUGUUCCUCUGUUUUUGACUGACUGUGAUCAGAAGGAAAAUACAGCACUAGACAACGAUACUGUUGGCAAUUACAAGCAACCAUCAGCAUACAGGGUCCAAAGAGAAAUGCAGACUGAGGAGCACUUCCAGGCAUACUUUGAAAGAAAACUGUCCUCCACCUUGGGUGGAGCACUACAAAUCCCUCGAGAGAACAGACGGCUACAGUGCAGCUUCUCCUGGGGAAGGUUCAGAAAGAUCACACUCAAAGUGUUCCCUGUCCUGAACUGGCUGUUUUCGUAUCGGUUCAGAGAAUGGAUCUUGAGGGAUCUACAUGCAGGCUUAAGUGUUGGGAUGGUUCAGAUUCCUCAAGGACUUUUAGGAGUUUGGCUGACCAGGUUACCUGUGCCCAAUAUCAAUGGCUUCCUUUCUGCAUUCUGCUGCUCGAUGACAUAUGUUAUAUUUGGGACUUCGCAUCAUAUCUCAGUAGGCUCAUUCAGCAUCCUAAAUGUGGUGGGGACAAACAUUCUGAAGACUCUUAAUUUCAACCAAACAUUGUCCUCUAAUGGUUCACUGGAAAACUUCUCAGAUUCUACAUUUAUGAAAGAUUAUGUGGAGGUCUUGACACUUACCGCUUCGAUAACAUUUUUGACUGGCAUCAUUCAGCUGCUGCUAGGCUGCUUCUGCCUGGGGUUCGUGACAACAUACGUGCCGAAGACUCUCAUUGAUGCUUACCUCACUGCAGCAGCAUUGCAUGUCAUUGUAUCACAGUUUACCUUUAUCUUUGACAUCAUGCUUGACUUCCAUAAGGGCCCCCUGGGCAUUUUCUAUAAUCUAUUUCAUUUCUUCCUGGCUCUCCCAAAGGCUAAUGCCACCAGCAUACUGCUAUUUUUGCUUAGCAUGGCCGCACUACGAGUCAAUACAUCUAUCAUGAUAACUUAUAAACAUAGUCCUAUUGCAUUUCCUAUGGAACUUCUCUUGAUUAUCACAGUCACCAUUAUUUCUAAUCGCAUUCAUCUUCACGCUGAAUCUAGUAGUGCUGUGGUCAGUAUGAUUCCUCAGAGGUUUCUGCCUCCUACACCACCAGAUUUAUCAAACCUGAGCAAGAUCAUACUGCAUGCCUUCUCCCUUGCUAUUGUAAGCUAUUUCCUUCUUGUUUUUGUUGGGGAGAGGUAUGCUUCACCUCACAACUACCAUAUCGCCAGCAAUCAGGAGCUAAUCGCUGUGGGGCUAUGCAAUAUUUGCAGCUCAUUUUUCAAAAGCUUUGUUGUCAGCUGUGCUAUUUCUGGAACUGUUAUUCAAGAGAAGACAGGUGGAAGAACACAGCUAGCAGCAGCGAUUGGAGCAUCUCUGAUGCUGGUGAUUGCGCUGAAACUAGGACACUUUUUCCAGAUGAUACCUAACGGUAUGCUGGCUGCUAUUGUAGUAUUUAACGUGCUCCCCUUUCUUGAAAAAUUUCUGGACAUCCCCAUCCUGUGGAGACGGGAUAAGUAUCAUUUUGUUAUCUGGCUUGUAACUUUUGCUGCAGUGCUUUGUCUUGGUCUUGAGGUUGGUUUAGCGAUCGCCGUGGGAUUUACGUUCUUCAUAAUCACCAUUAGGUCACACAGAAUGAAGAUGGUGGUGCUGGGACAGAUUCCAAACAUGAAUAUUUAUAGAAGUUUAUCCAUCUACAGAGCCGCAAGGGAGAUUGAAGGUAUCAAAAUCUUCCAGUGCUGUUCUUCCAUCUCUUUCGCAAAUGUGAAUCACUUCAAAACCUAUUUGUUACACGAGAUGGACGUGAAAGCAGUGCCUCUAGCUGAAAGUGAAGUGAGGGCUUUCGUUUCAUUUAGUCUGUCUGACACUUCAGUGGAAAGAAAAGAUCUUAAAUGCUCUUGUGUCUGUGAUCCACCUCUACCACCACCUAGGAUACCAUAUACAGAGAAACUGGUGAAGCAGCAUCACGCAGACAGCGAUUCCUCGUCGUCUUCAGUUAAUUUGGUACAUUGGUCAAAGUAUGGAGACAAACUCAGCUCUAGGACGUUCUUGGUGGGAGCAGCCAAUGCAUCCUCAGGCUUUAACACGGGACUUACGACUGAAAAGAAGGAGGGCGAAAGGAGAAGAGGUUGCCUUUCACCAAUCUCUCCAAUAGAUAAUUCCUCAGUACAGUUAGAUCAGGAGGAACAGCCAAUGCAUUUGCCAUGUCCAGUUCACACCAUUAUUUUAGACUUCAGCAUGGUGCAAUUUGUGGAUUUGAUAGGUUCAGAGUUAAUGCGACAGAUCAUCCAUAUGUUUCAAAAUAUUGGCAUUACAGUCCUUAUAGCUGGCUGUCACUCCUCUGUGAUAGCAGACUUUGAGAAGAAUGAUUUCUUUGACAGCUGUGUCACCAAAGAAAGGUUCUUUCUAACUCUUCAUGAUGCUGUGCUGGCUGCUUUGGACAAGCAUCAAAAGCCGGAUGAGGUAGAACUUACUGCAAAAGAGUCUGCUGAAGAACCACCAGCUGAACAGCAAAAGGGAGGAAGUUUGCUCUUGAAGAAGAAUAAAGAUUUUUUCUCUGCAAAAACGUCUGACAACAAACUUCUGCGUGAAGAGCCAAUAUCAGAUACCUCAUUCUCAGCCCAAAAUAAAGCAGAGCCAAGCUCCCUCCAGCAGUAUGAUGCUCCACCCCUUCAAAUGGAUUUCCAGGACCCAGGCUGGGGGAAGAGAUGGAAGUAUACCAGCAAAUCCUGAAUUACAAGCGUUGGGGAAUUGGGAUUUCAGUAGAGAGGAGAAAGGUACAGUUAAGCAACAGCCUUUGAUCUUCACUUUAUUUUUUCUGUUCCAGAGUUCUUAAAAUAGCCUGCCUAAUGCCUCCAGUAAUUCUGUUGUUCUAAACAAAAAGCAACAUUUAUGCUUUCAAGCAUUUUCAAAUAGAUACACUGCCAGCAAUGCCGAAAGCAGAGAAAUUUCAAUGUAUACGAUGAUUCCUAGGUUUGUAGCUAAUUCUAGCAAAUUAUUUGCACUUGCUUUCUGGAAUUCUGUAGAAGUUUAAAUGUCCUAACUUAGCACUUCUUAUAUAUUUAUUGCUUGCUAGUAAAUGAAAUUAAUCUGCCAUAUUUCAACAGAUUACAUUCAGGCAGUUUCGUUAUUUUCAUAUGUAUUUAGAAUGUUGUGAAGCCUCAAAGAAAACAUUUUAUUAUUACUCUUCAAAACUCUAUGCUGAAGUUGAUAUUGUCUGCACUAACAUAACAUGGUGUCUGUCCAUUAUUUCUUCCUCAGUGCCUUUCUAAUCCACCAGAACUAAAGCCCAGUAAAUGAUAUAAUAUUUUUUUC